CUGCAUCACGAAUGUGAUAUCCGCCCAGUGAUGUUUUUAUUUCUGUCUUUUUUUGUGUCGUGACCCAGUGGAAGCAUUCACACCCGUGAACUGUCUGGUGGCGGUCGAGUCCGCAUUCAUUGUUCGGGAAAUAGCCACCGCAGGUCACAGUGCUCGGUAGUUCCGAUUACAAUUAUCGCGCGCGCGUUGUGGAGCAAAGGACAGGUCGUCGUGGUUUGUUGGAUUGUUAGUGCUGGCGCGGUUAUCGAGAAUGAAAAGUUUAAUUGUGUUAAUUGUGAUUUGCUUAUCCCUCGUAGCGGGCCACAGGAAGGUUCCCAGGAAUUCUGGAAUGCAAUACAAUGCAACCUGCAUCAACCCCAAACGUGCCGCCGGGCGUUGCAUCCUGGUAAAAGAGUGCCCACUCGUGCUUGCCACUAUCCGAAAGGAGCACCUCCACAGAGAUGACAUCAAUUUCCUCUACCAAAGCGAAUGCGGAAAGUUGAAUCGAAGAAGUUUGGUGUGCUGCCCAAGCCAUUCCAGCGGCACAGCAUCACCGUCGUCAUCGUCGCCAUCCACGGAAGAGUCCGGUUCCUCGUUUGACACUUCAAAUCGUGUGGAUGGAACGGCCAACCUGGAGCAAUGGAAGCUGCUGCCCACGCCGGGGGAUUGCGGAGUGCAACCGAGCUAUCAGUUGUUCGGGGAAAAUGUUACCAAAUUGGACGAGCAACCGUGGACGGCUUUGGUGCAUUUUGGGAAUAUGCCUUACGAAACUACUUUUGAAUGUGGAGGAGCACUUAUCAGCUCUCGCUACGUGCUGACGGCGGCUCACUGCGUGAACGAUAGAGCCAAGUGGAGCAAUCUAACAGUUCGUCUUGGGGAGUGGGACACGGAAUCUACAGUAGAUUGUAUCGCCGUCCAAGACUAUAACGAGUUCUACUGUGCGGAUCCGGCGAUAGAUAUUCCGGUGGAAAAGGUGUUCGUCCAUGAACAAUACGCACGUCAUCAUAGACCGCAGUUGAACGAUGUGGCACUUCUGCGUUUAGCUCAACCGGUUACUACAACAACCUGGAUACGUCCGGUUUGUCUUCCGGAAAGGCCAGUGCUCCCAGCAUCGGAUGAAGAUCUUAUUCUUGCCGGGUGGGGCAAUAAUGGAUGUGGCUUCAACAGCCGCUACAAGGUUCGCUCUAGACUGAACGCACUGAAACAGGACCAAUGUAGGGGUUAUCUUCCUCCAGGUUUCCGCCGUGUGGACGAAUAUCUCUGCACAGCCCCCGUCAACGAAGGUGAGAAAUGCCAUGCUGAUUCGGGCGGAGCGGUGACCCGUACUCGACAGGUCGAAGGAGUGGGCAUUGUACACGAAGUGGCCGGCAUAUUGAACCACAUGGUGGAGUGCCACGAGAGUCGACCGAUUGGUGUGUUCACCAGCGUUGGUCAAUACUUGGAAUGGAUUGUUGGGAAAUUAGAAAAAUAAAGAUGUUUUAACUGAUCUUGA